UGGGAGAUAUAAAUAGUACGCAGGAACACACAUUGGAGUUUGUUUCUAGUCACCUCUUUCAUCAAUUUCUCAUCACACAACUCUGGAGAUAUAAGCAAAGGAUAUCAGGAAAACAAACAUGAAGCUUCAUAUCACCUUAGCGUUGGCACCUCUUUUCUGUACUUCUGUGACCGCCUGGUUUUGUCUUAGUCCUCCAGGGACGUUCACGCUGUAUGGGUUAUGUCGAUACAGCGACACGGACUCAUCAAAAGACCUGUACUGCCUUUCUACUACCCCAUGUACGAAAGACAGAAAUAAUUGCUCCCCUAGUACAGGUGAUCGGGCUCGGUGUAAUUAGGUCAUUUAGUAAAGCACAACUUUCAAUACAUUAGAAGUCCUUCAGGCGGAGCCUCC